AUGUUUUAUAAUGUACCAAUACAUCUCUAUCUAGAAAAGAAAGAACGAGAGAAAACAACAACCAUAUUCAAAAUAACACAAUCAAAUAUCAGAUUCAUACCACUUGGAGAUGGAAUAUUAACAAAUAAGAAAGAAAUUGAACUUCAAGAAGGAGAAGAAAUUAAAGUGAAUGAAGAAAUACGAGAAUUAAUUUGUAUUGGAAAUUCAAAGAAAGAGAAGAUGAAGAUAAAAAUAAGUAGUAAAGAAGAAAAUGAGAAAUAUUCAAUUAGAACAAACCAAAAUAUCAUUACAAUUGAAGGAGGAUAUGCGUGUGAAUUUGAAGUAUUCAUUACAAUCAAAUGUACAACUAAAAUCAAAGAUAAAAUAAUGAUAAUUAGUAAAACACUUAAUAAAGCACAAGAAGAAACAAUCAAAAAUAUUUCUAUUGAAGGAGGAACAGAAAUAUCAACACGACUUGAUCCUGAUGAAAUAAAAGAAGAAAAGAAAAUAGGAGAAGGAACAUUUGGAAUUGUUUAUGUUGGAGAAUUUAGAGGAAAUAAAGUAGCAAUUAAGAAAAUGAAACAAGUUGAAGAAAGUGAAGAUAAAAAGCAAGAAUUUGAGAAAGAAGUAGCAAUGUUAGAUAAAUUUCGAAAUGAAUAUAUUAUUCAUUUUUAUGGAGCAGUAUUUAUUCCUAAUAAAAUAUGUAUGGUAACCGAAUAUGCAGAAUACGGAUCAAUACAAGAUAUAAUGAAUAAAAGAAACAUCACAGAAAAAUCAAAGAAAAUAAGAAUCAAAUUUAUGAUAGAUGGAGCAAAAGGAAUAUCAUAUCUUCAUUCAAAUUGA